AUGGAUGAAUCGACAACAAUAUGGAACCGCGAAGUGAGCAAGCGAGAUGACAGCAACUUUCAGCGGAAAAACGAGCCCAAGGAGAACACAAUUGAUGAAUUUAAGAUUAGCGAUGAGGUUGUAGACUUGAUAGAUAAAGCACUUCCUGAACAGAAGAGUAGGAGUUUGAGUGCUCAAGAUGAGAUCACCACCACGCUUUACGAACUACUGGACACAGCGCCACAUGGCAGAAAGGUUAGGAAUGAUCUUUUCGCAAGUUCCACAGGCAAUGCAAGCAUUUUCCAGCAUUAUCGUAAAAGCUCCAUUCAUCGGAAUUUGGUCAAAACAAUAGAUAAAUGGAUCGUGGAGCGAGAAGAGUCCGCUGCAGAUAUAUCCGGAUCGCGCGGUGGGUCGCGAGGUGACCAUUCUUCGGCAAUAUUUACGUGGAGCUCUGCCAAUAGGGAAAGUAACAAAUCGGCUUCUUCGCAUGUCAAGGAAAUCAGUAGUAAUGCCAGCAAUAUUGGCAACUCCAGUGGACCAAAACAGUCUCUCAAUCGAAAGCUUCAGAAGCAGGCUCAAGUGGCAAGCAGUGAUUUUCUGGCGCAGCGUCGUGAACUGGAGCGGAAACGGGAAAUUGAAAACCUCGCCAGCACCAGGAGCGCGCCUGUGACUCCUGGCACCUUUAAAGUUGAUCCUUUACUGGUCUUAAACCCCCAGGCUCUUCCAAGACCAAGUAAGAAGAAGUCAGACACCGAAAAGCCGCGACGAAAAACUACCAAACAGAAGAACAGGUUGAGCAACCUGUUUUUUUGGAAACCUUCUUCUACAAAAGACCAACCACGCCAUGAAAAAGCUGCCAAGACGCAGAAUGAGACCAAAUCUACAUUUAUUGCAGAACCCUCAGAUCUCACAGGCUCCACACAGUCGGCGUCUGACAUUGAUCAGCCAACCUCCGAACUUUCUGCAGCUGAUUCUGUUGACGACCGUGAUUCUGCGUUUGGCGAAUUUGAAUCAGCGUCAGCGUCGGAAACAGUCAAUGACAGUGCUAAUUUUGAGCCAUCACAGGAGGCUGGUCCUCGUGUGCCAGAUAGCUUGGCCAUGGAGUCGUUUGCACCGCUUCAACCCAAAAGACGAGCUUAG